AUGGGUUCGCACCGAAGCAAUAUAGGAGGCUUUUAUUCUCUUUUAAAGAGUCUCUCUCACUCUCUUCCUUUCCGUUCACUUCUGUUUCUUUCUAUGAGUUUUCUUCCUCUUUCUCCGUUUAGUUAUCUCUCUUUGCAAGACUCUCUCUUUCUCUCUCUCUCUCUCUCUCUGUGUCGUCCACCUCUCUCUUUUAUUCUUUCAUUCUUUAACCACUCCGCCAUUUUUGUAAUAUCUUCUUUCUUUUUUUCUUUUUUUCUUUCUUUCUUUCUUUCUUUCUUUCUUUCUUUCUUUCUUUUUCUUUCUUUCUUCUCCGUUCUUAUUUAUUUAUUCUUCCUUUUUCCCUUUCUUUUUUUCUUUUCUUUAUCCAUUCAUUGCUUUCUUUUACUCUUUCCUUCUUUCUUUCUAUCUUCCUUUCCAUCAUUAUCUUUCAUAUUUAUUUACUUCAGUACCUUUUCUUUCUUUCUUUCUUUCUUUCUUUCUUUUUCUUUUCUUUUCUUUACUGCAAUAGUUCUUUCAUUCUAUCUAUCUAUCUAUCUAUCUAUCUAUCUAUCUAUCUCCAUCGUCUUUCCUUAUCAAUGUAUUCUAUAUUCUAUUCUUUCUUUCUUUCUUUGCUUUUCUUAUUUCUUUACUGCAAUAGCUCUUUCAUUCUAUCUAUCUAUCUAUCUAUCUAUCUAUCUAUCUAUUAAUUAUCUAUAUCGCUAUAUUCUUUCCUUUUCCUUUAUCAAUAUAAUCUAUAUUCUUUUCAUUCUAUCUAUCUAUUAUUAUCUAUCUAUCUAUCUAUCUAUCUAUCUAUCUAUCUAUCUUUAUAUUCUUUUCCUUAUCAAUAUAAUCUAUACUCUUUCAUUCUAUCUAUCUAUCUAUCUAUCUAUCUAUCUAUCUAUCUAUCUAUCUAUCUAUCUAUCGCUAUAUUCUUUCCUUAUCAAUAUAAUCUAUAGUCUAUUCUUUCUUUCUUCUUUCUUUCUUUCUUUCUUUCUUUCUUUGCUUUUCUUAUUUCUUUACUGCAAUAGCUCUUUCAUUCUAUCUAUCUAUCUAUCUAUCUAUCUAUCUAUCUAUCUAUCUAUCUAUCGCCAUAUUCUUUCCUUAUCAAUAUAA